AUGCAGGAUCGGCUGGAAGCCGUAUUAGCUGAAGUGGAACAAUGGCAGGAUGGCAUCUCUUCCUUGAAGCAACCGAAAAAGGCUAUCCAGAGGUUUGGACAAGUGAUAUGCUACCAGUCAAAGGAUUGGGAUCCACUUGCGGACCCCAACUCACGUUUGUGUGUGUACAAGUUGAUUCGCUGCAUCCGCUUGGCCAAGAACAAAGUUCGACGCGGAAAGUAUCUAAAGAUCGUCAACAAGUGGAAGAAAAUGAUGGACGAACAUCAUUGA